ACAGAAACACUGAUCUUGAGUGAUUUUUCUGGAUUUAAGCACUGAAUACUUUCUCAUUUAAAAUUAUGUUGAUGAAAAUGGGAAGAAGGACCUUGACCACUGAAUGCAAGCUAGCAUCUUUCUCAAGCCUACAGAAGGAAGCCCAUGAAGACCCACAUGUUCUGAUGCCUUUUGAGUCAGAUACGGAAAGAAGCCAAGAGAAGGAAGAAGAAGAAAUGGCUGGUUUGCAG